AAUACAAUUUGUAUUAUUCAUAAAUGUUCAGACAUUUUAUUAUAUAUUUAUUUUAAUAAAUACUGUGAAAUAAAAAAGAAAUUAAAAAUGAGUGACAAAUCAUUUCCAAUAUAUGAUACUUACGCUAAUAGUCUUGUGAUAUCAAAAGACUUAAUUGAAGAGUUAAGACAAAAAAUUGUCGAAAGAGUUGACAAAACACCUGAUCUAUACUAUAGUGAAGACAUUAAGAGAUUAAGAAGUAAUGAUUGGUUUGUUCGUCGCUUUCUUUAUGAACCAAAGUCUAAAACCGAUGUCAACAAAGCUUUGGAUGCGUUGGAUAAGUCGUUGAAGUGGAGGAAGUCAUUUGGUGUCCGAGACAUUAACAAUACUGAUUUUGCACGUGAAGCCUAUCUCAGUGCCGGUGCCUUUAUUUAUGGCACCGAUCUUAACGGAUCACCAAUACUUAUAAUGAGAGCCAAAGUGGUGCGAAAGAUCAAGUCGUGGGUAAAAAAUGCCUACCAGUUCUUAGUCUUAUUGUUUGAAACCAUCGACACUAACUACGAGGGAAAAGGUUUAACAAUACUAAUGGAUUGCAGAGAUGCCGGUAUUAUGAACGCAGAUAUGGAUGCACUAAAAUUUUUGCAUACAGUCCUAAAUGACUAUUAUCCGGGACUGGUGUCUUCGGCACUGGUAUUCAAGUUGCCGACCGUUUUGGAGGCUAUCUUUAAGAUUUGCCGUUCGUGGCUUAACGACGAACAGUCCAAAUAUAUGUAUACUAUCGGCAAAAAGACUAUCAAUCAAUACGUUUCUGUCGAUCAAUUACCUGAUAUACUGUUGGGAACUAACCCAUUACCCUAUCGUAACCCUCCAGACAAUGCUCCCGGUGCUCAUGAAUUGGCCGAACGUCUAUCAAUUAAACCAGAAAAAGCUGACAAACUGGUCAAACAUUUAGAAAAGUUUUACGAAAAAUAAUUAUCCAAUCAAAUGAUGUAAAUCUAAAAUUAUAUAAAUAUUUUUGACACUCGAAUCUCA